UAAUAACUCUUAGUUAAAUAUAAUCCUACCCGUUCUAGAUAAAAAGCAGCCCAGCUGUUUAAUUAACGAAUCUUGUUUUAAGAAUCGGAAACUUGGAAAUCGGGGGUUAGCGGGGACCAUGAACACAUCAUGGGGCUGGUCAGACUUGCCAGGUGAGUUUCACCGAGGCGGGGAUCUCGGAUCAGUUGUCUUCCGCUAAUUAACCUCAGUUCACCCGGAGCUCACAGUGAUGUCUGACCUGAGAUCAGUGUGAGAGUGGAGACCAAAGGGAGGGUGACAGACAGGUUGUUGAAACCUGUUUCACUGAGAAAAAAAUAGACGGAGAAUUGUUAGCAGGUACAUCUGUUGACAGUGGAUGGUUUUAAUCCACUGUGUUUCUCUCUGUAGCGAGCAAAGAGUCCAGGCCCAAUGUCUUCUGGAGAAGUUGGUUCUGUCACCAGGUUCGACCGGGUGCGGGAGAUCCCACACUAUGAUCAGGUCCCUGUGGGCACCUCAUGGCAGGACUUUCCUUUACCCCCAGAGUCCUUUCAUGGAACAGUGCCGGCCGUAAGCUUAGACCCCCUUCCCCCUCCCCCUCUACCUAAACAGCCAGCUGUUGGCCCUGAAUCCUUUUAUCCCCCCAACAAUAGUGAACCAAUGGAGGCCAAGAGUGACGUCAUGGACAUUGAGCCGGUCCACCGCUUCAUUCCCGACUCUGUCAAGAACUUCUUCCGUGGCAAAAGCUGUAACAGUGGGAGGAAAGGUCAGGGCAUAUACCCUCCUGCCCCUUACUCCCCUGCCCCUUCAUCCAGUAAGAGUGGCAACCAUCACACCACAGCAGGAGUCCCCUGCUCACCCCCCCACUCUGCGCCUCCAUCUCCGUCCCUUCUAGGGUCCUAUCGGGACCCUUAUGGUGGCUCUGGGGGCAGCUACACCUCUCAGAAGGAGCAAAACCGGAUGCUGCUGGAUGCUGAAGCCUUUGAAUCGGCAUCUGCAGUGCCCACCAAUCUCUCAGCCCUGACCUACCAUGAGCGGGUGGAAGAAUACCACCAGCGCUAUGCCUACUUGAAGUCUUGGGCUGGCCUGCUGAGGAUCCUGGGCUGUGUGCAGCUGCUGUUGGGGGCUGCUGUGUUUGCAUGCGUCUGUGCUUAUGUUCAUAAGGACAAUGAGUGGUUCAACAUGUAUGGAUACUCCCAGCCACAGCUGUUUGGGGGGCUUGGUGGAGGUGCUGGUGCAUAUGGAUCUGGGGGUAGUUACUACACAGGCCCCAAGACACCUUUUGUCCUGGUGGUGGCUGGCCUUACGUGGAUAGUGACUGUUAUUCUAGUCGUUGUUGGGAUGACCAUUUACUACAGAGCCAUCCUUCUAGACUCUUCUUGGUGGCCGCUUACAGAGUGUUCCAUUAACAUGGUCUUAGCAAUGCUCUAUUUAGCAGCAGGGAUAGUAUAUGUGAGGGACACCACUCGAGGGGGGCUAUGCUAUAUACCGGUCUUCAAUAACGGAAUAAAUGGGGCGUUUUGUCGGACCGAGGCCGGCCAGACAGCAGCCAUUGUCUUCCUCUUCAUCACCACGGUGCUCUACUUCAUUAGUGCAGGAGUGUGUCUGAAGCUGUGGAGGCAUGAAGCAGCCAGGAUGAGGAAGGAGAUGCUGGCACAUGAGAUGAAUACAAUUGGAUCAUCAGUCCCUCUGUCUAUACUGGGUCCAGCCUCCAGGGCCUCUGAGCAGACUCCUCUCCCCACUAUCCAGCCAGACAUCAUGGACGCUCCUAACAACUAUGCAGCUGUUCCUCUGAUGGCACUUGAGCCAGAGAUCCUUAGAGGUCACAUACCGGCUGGACACAUCCCUAAGCCUGUCGUUAUAGCCGACUAUGUAGCAAAGUACCCCAGCAUCAGGUCAGAGGAGGAGAGGGACCAGUACAGGGCUGUGUUUAAUGACCAGUACGCUGAAUACAAGGAGCUGCACGCUGAGGUUCAGGCAAUGGCCAAGAAGUUUGAAGAGAUGGACGAGAUAAUGCAGAACCUUCCGUCCCGGCCUUCCAGCCAAAUGGAGAAGGAGCGGAUCAGUAGCAUAUUAAUGGAAUAUCAGAGGAAGAAAGCUGACCCAACAUAUUUGGAAAAAAGGGAGAGGUGUGAGUACCUAAAGAACAAGCUCUCUCAUAUCAAACAGAAGAUUCAGGAGUACAACAAAGUGUACAACAACAAUAGCAACUAAACCAUUGCAGUGAAACACUUUCAUAACUCACCUGGAAUUCAUAUGGAGUCUGCAACAGUUUAAGAAAAGAAGAGUUGUUGGACUGAGCUGGGAACCGAACUGUAUGUUUCUCUCAACCAGGCGAAGACAGCCCUCAUACAGUAGAUGCUAUACCUACAAUUGCUGAUUGUUUAUAUACCAUUAUCAUACUAAAACAGGUGGAUCUGCCAUCACUGCAGUUCGUAAUGUCAUCAUGAGAAACAGAAUAUAAUUUUCACAGGUCAACACAUCAUCCGUGGAAAUCAGUAGAAAUGUUCUUCUACAGAGUAAGACAAAGCAAAAGUAAGCUUAGUCAAAAUGGGAUCUAUAAACACUGAUGAGAGCUGGAAUGGAUCAGGUGUAAUCUAAAGGUGUUCAUUAUGUAUACAUAUAAGCCCUGAUGCAAAUCACAUUUUAAAGGAACAUUUUGGGAAAUAUGCUUUGUUUUGCUGGAGAUAGCAAGAUGAAAAUCAGUUCAUCACUGUGUGUCCAGUCUGGUAUGUGAUUAGCCGAGCUUAGCAAUGAAGACUGGAAGCAGAGGGAAACUGCUAGACUAGCUCCAUCAGAAGAUACAUUUUUAAUAGACCUCAUUUGAUGCUUGUGUUUGCUGUUUGUUGCUAGGAGAGAAAGCAUAAUUAAUCAUACACGAAUUUAAAUUAUCUUUUCAUCUGCGUUUGGGUAAGCUCAAUCAAGCACAUUUUGUAAAAUGGAUGACUGUUCCUUUAACACCAGGUGUAAAUGGGGUCUCAAAACUGGCUAGCUAGACACUGAUUAAGGAAGCUGAUGUAAAUAAGGCGGACUCAGUGUUAAUGAAGGCUAUAUGAUUAGAGUAAUAGCACUGCUGUAAAUUGAGGUGUCAGCAGUUGUCCAUUGUGUAUAGUGUGACACUGAUACAUGGUAAGUUCUUCUUUUUACAUUGAUUUAUUGUGAUGCUUACAUAUAUUGUUUUAAGGCUAUGAGAACAAUUAAAGAUCCCUCCUAGACAAGUCCAGUCUAGGGUCUAGCCCACAAUUUGAAGGAGCUGAUUGAUUACAUUUCAAAUUUUAAGUUGUACCUCGUACGAUUUCGCGUGAAUAAAAACUCAUUGAUAAUGUUUGAAAUGUUUAUUUUGUUUUAUAUCAUAUUUUGUAAUUCUGUUUUAUGCCAAUGAAGCGUCUUUCCAUAUA